UUUCCUUGGAGAUCCAAGAUGGCAGAUACGAAUGGUCUUUACUCGCUUGAAACCAAAAAACAGGCUGUAGCUUACUUUAAAAACAACCAAGUCCCUCAACAUGUGGAAAACCUUCUUAAUAAGAUGUUCAAGGARCAACCUGAGGAUAUAUUUGGGUACAUGUCUGAAUUCUUUGGUGGAAGUUCAAAGRCUCCAUUGAUAUCAAAGAUUACAAGCCAUGAAGUUCUCAGCAGUAGAGGAUACCCUACAGUCCAACUAGACCUGUAUUGUACUAUUAAAGGACUUUCAAAGUUUGUGACAUCUAUCACACUUCUAUAUGAUGCUGCACCUCUCAGCACAAGAACAGAUGACAUCAAGCCAAAGUCUCCAGAACCAACAAAACAGCAAGGAAAGACUCCAGCAGAGAGCCAGCCCUCAGCAGCUCCUAGUGAGAAUGAUUUCCAAGUAAAAACAAUAGAUAUGGAUGAUUUGGUUCAACGGAUAACUGAGACUCUUGGUCCACAGCUCAAAGACUUGGAUCCURUAGAACAGAAAGCUAUUGAUGAGAUUUUAUUUAAUCUUGUUGAGGAACCAAAACCAGAAUCAAGACCACUAUCACUACAAGAGCAGCGGGAAGACCAGGAUCAGUCCUCUGAGAAACCUGCUGAUGAAUCUACCAUCAAACACCCCAAAAAAUCAGCUGGKGCCAUUAACAAGAAGCAAAGUGGUAUGCUUGAUAAAAAGGGAGGCAAUAAAGACUCUGGUAUACAGCUUAUACCAGACAUGGAAGAGGAACACAUUAAUAUUGAUUACGCAAUACUUGGUGUUUCCAUGGUGACAGUCAUGGCUGCWGCAACCUUAAAGUCUUGUUCGCUCUUUGAGCACCUUGUGGAGAUAUCACCCAAAAAGGAACAGAAUGGUUUUACAAUGCCGAUACCUGUCAUGACUCUUCUGUCAAGUGGUAAAAAUGCCUCGGGAAAACAGAACUUUAUCAAAGAAGUGCUUGUUCUUCCUAAACCAGGGGUGGCCAUCAAUAAAGGAAUUCAACAACUGACAGAAAUCUUUCAUCAGAUGGGAAGAAUUCUAAGUCAAAAGUUUGGUACUUUUGCAAGAUGUGUCWCACAGGAUGGGAGUUACUCUCCUGUUCUUGAUAAACCUGAUACAGCACUAGACCUUGUCCAGGAUGCUGUUAAUGGCUGUGGUUAUACAUUAGGGACUGAUGUUGACAUCAUAUUGAACUGUGCAGCUUCUGAAUACUAUGAUCAGGAUAAACUUAAGUAUGAAAUCAUUUUGAACACAUUCAAGUCCCUGGAUGAUGUCAUCAACAUGUACUGUGAGYUCCUUGACAGAUAUCAAGGGAUUGUUGGGAUCAUUGAUGGAGUCAGAAGUCAGGAUAAAGAAGGCUGGAUCAAACUAAAUGAAAGGAUUGGUGAAAAGUGUUUUAUCAUUGGUGAAGAAUUGUACAAACGUAAUCCAGGUAUUCUGUCAGUUGGUGUGACAGACAAGAUAUCAAGUGCUGGUGUCUUAAAUAUGGACCAAGCUAACACUAUAACUGAAUUGAUGGACAAGGCUUCAACCCUUACAGAUCAAGGUGGUCUACUAAUGCUAAGUGAAGGGCCAGUGAAAGAUACAGUGCCAUUGGUUGUGGAUGUGGCAAUAGCAGUUGGUGCCAGGUUCAUAAAACUUGGGGGCCCUAUGCACCUUGAACACAUCUGUAAAUACAGAAGACUACAACAGAUUGARCAAGAGCUGGAGAAGACUAGCACCCUGAUACAACAGGAACCCCAUGUAUUCCCUGUCAUUAAUGUGGUAGAAAAUAAGGAUGAGAACAAUGAACAACAACCAGAAGCAACAUAAYACAAUGAAAUAUUUAUUAACAUAUUUAAUGACAAUUAAUAAUUUAUUACUGCAAUGUCGUUGUACAUGUACAUAAAACCGUUUCAUAUUAUUGAGGCAAUCACAGUAAGAUAUUCCUUAGUAUUUUAGUAUUGGUAUUGUGUUGAAUAUUUUYUUUAAAAGUUGCAUACACAAUCAGUCAGAAUAUAGUAUUCAAGAGAAAGUCGUCUGGAUGAACUCCUAAUUUGAACAAUAUGUGGUCAAUAUCAGACAAAGUGCCCCCUUCCUCAUCAUUUUGCAUGAAGGUAUUCAAAUCAUUUCCAUUUUGAGAUUUGCAUUUGAUUUGCCUUAGUCAGUCUAUGAAACUAAUAUAAUUCUAAGUGUCGACCCUUGUGUAGUGCAAGUUUAUUAGUAAUUAAUAUUAUGUACAUUUUUGUAAAUAUAUUAUUUUAAAAAUUU